GUGCUCAUUCUCAGCUCAGUAUUUCUCUUUUGAUUCUCUCUCGCACUCCAUAUUCUCCCUAGCCAAGUGAGAGUAUUAAUCAUUAUUGCUUUGCGAAAAUUGUGUGUGUACGUGCGUGCGUAAGGCAACCUGUCGCAUGGCUCCCCUCCUAACAGGCAAAAGACGAUUCCUUUUUGGAGUUGUGUUUGGAAUUGAGAGAACGAGUUUAGUUUGUAUUCGACCGCCGCCUUUUGCGUUACUUUGUGAUUUUUAGCAAAACGCUGUAGAAUUUUGCCGGUAUUUCUUUUUCUUUGGUUGCCUUGCAACCACAGUUGUAUUUUGACAAAGAAUAGUAUCCAGUGCGGGUUUUGUUGUUGAAAUUGUUGCUUUUUUGCGUGGUGUGUUGUUCGAGGACAGUGAAUAUUGUUGCAAUCAUAAUGGCCAACUCCACAUUGUGUGCCAUAAUUGGCUGGGGAAGUGCAGUGCUGACAUUUAUUGGCACCAUAUAUUCCUGCGUUCUGCUGGCAAUCGAUAUUGACAGAUAUCAACAUGAAAGGGAAAAUCCGGAUGGAACCCUUUACUUUGUUAGUGAUUUUGAUUUGACAGAAGUUAUUAUUGCUGUGGUGGCCUUUGCGGCCAUGUUUAUAGCUUCCGUUUUAUUAAUAAUUGGUCUGCGAAAGAAACGUCAUCAGUACAUAGCCAUUUGGAUUGGUGUCACCGCUGUAUGUAUUGUCCUGAAUUUGUUGCGUUUGAUACGAAGUCAACGUUCAAUGGCUCAAAAUCUUUUGACUGUGGGCAUACAAGUCUGCUUAUGGUAUCCCAUUGUUAGCUACUACCGAGAUAUGCGUAAAGAUUUAGUUCCCACCACAGCUGAGGAGGAUCCCCUGGACUUUACAUCAACAUCAAAAAUUCAACAAAAUAACGUUGAUAAGCAAAAUCCUGCCGUACAGCCGCUAUAUCCCAAGAUACCAGGCGCAGAGCAAAAUGCUGCCGUUCCAUUGGAGAGAACCAAGUUAACGGGCGAGGAGAAACCCACAAAUACAACUUAUCCAACAUUACCAAAGGAGUGAAAGGAAAUAGCAAAAAUUUUAUAAGACUAUUUAUAUUCAAAAACCAAAGUGAAAAAAAAUUAAAUAAAUAUGAUAAUCAAUGUAAAAGUAAUAACAAACCUACAUAUAUAUUCUAAAAUGCCUUGA